GGAAGAAUAAAAAAAAAAUGAAUGAGAAUUUUAUUUGUACCUGUUAAAACGUACUGAAAGUCUGAAAGACUCGAAUUGCAAGACUUACUUUGUGCUGUUUAAAAAUUACAUAGAAAGGUGUAUAUUCAGUAGCCGAAAAACAACAUUCUAAGUAAUAAUAAAGAAGUUUUUUAGUGGGCAAGCUGUGUUUUACUUCGUACUGAAAUAAAAGUUCAACCCUCCAAGAUGACGAUGAUGGAAUUUUUUGGUUGUACCUUCAUAGCUUUUGGACCUCCUUUUGGAUUAUUUGUGUUCACAAUAAUGCAUGAUCCACUCAGAAUAAUUGUACUUAUUGCGAGUGGAUUUUUCUGGCUGCUGUCAUUAUUGUUAUCAUCAAUAUUAUGGUUUGCUGUUGUACCUUUAAGAGAAGAGUUAGCAUUUGGUCUUGUAUUCUCUGUGAUUUUCCAGGAAAUAUUUAGAUUUUUCUUCUAUAAAUUGUUGAGGAAAGCAGACGAAGGUUUACAGAAAGUUAAUCAGACAGAGGGACCAGAGCUUCAUGUUGCCCCUCGUGACAUUACAAACAAGCAUAUUAUGGCAUAUGUUUCAGGUUUUGGCUAUGGAAUAAUAUGUGGAGCAUUCUCUAUAAUCAAUGUUUUAGCAGAUAUGGUAGGACCUGGCACUAUUGGUAUCCAUGGAGACUCUAAGUACUUUUUUGUUGCAACAGCUUUUCUGACGCUGUGCUUUAUAUUUCUGCACAUAUUUUGGGGAGUUAUAUUUUUCAAUGCCUUGGACAAAAAGAAAUACUACAUGGUAGCCCUUGUAGUAGCUACACAUAUGCUGGUCUCAUGCUUGACGUUACUUAAUCAGAGAACAGUAAAUCGUGCAGAACCACUAUAUCUAGCCAGUAUUUUACCAGCAUAUUUUGUCAUGUUAGCCAUGGGUGUUAUAGCUUUCUUCACAGCAGGAGGAUCUCUAGAAAACAUAAAAUCUGCUAUCAGCUUUUGUAAAUCAUCAGCUAAAUAUGAAAUUGAAUAAUUUUUUUAUAUUGUAAUUUAUUGUAAUAUGAUAGCUAUUGUAAAUUAUUGUUGCCCAAGUGAGAUUGACUAGCUUUGUAUGAUCUAAGAGAUCUGUUUCACAUGACAUUCAUACUUUGAUUAUAUAUUUGAUAUAACAUUGGUCACAAUUAAUGAAGAUCGUGAUUUCACAGUAAGAUAUAAAAACCCAUAAUUUCACAUGUGAAUGAAAUCCUGUAAUUUCACUCUUUUGACACUUAACAACUAUAAGUGUUAUCAAGAUUUGUUUUUCUUUUCUUUGAAUGAUUCAAAGACAGCCAAACAUAUGCCACCUGUCAUGGAGGUUCCGUCUUUAGGAUGACUGCACUUGGACCCCAUUCCUAUCUAAGAAUAAAUAUAUAUUUUCUUAUGUGGUAUCAUUACUUUCAUUCACAUUCAUUUAAUUGUUUGUUAAAGCCUUGUAUACUGAUUUUACAAUUGUAUAUAAACUUGAUAAAGCAAGAGAACUGUAUUGUAUUUAUUAAUUAUGAUGGUAGAUAUUUGUGAGUGGGUUAAAUUUAUUCACAAGUUUUCUAGACCUGGGCCAAUUUAAUGUUUAACAUAUUUUUUAAACCACUUGUCUAUUGUGGAAACCAUAUGUUGUGGUUUUUUUUGUAACAUUUGGUUGCUGUCUCAUUUACAUAAAAUGUAUACCUCACAUCUCCUUUUAAUCAUUUAAGCUUUAUUUCCAAAAAGCGAAUGAGUAUGUCAUAUAUCUAUUGUGUUAUAUAUGGUUAACAUAUUAAUUACAACCUAGAUCCAGUAUGUAUCAUACACAUAAUUCCUUUAAAAAAUUUAAGACAGAAAAUAGAAAUAUGUUAAAGUAUGGAAAGUCAUUGCAUUUUCAUAAAAGAAAAUUAGAAAAAAGCAAGUUUCACUUACUGACCAGUAGCAGGUUACUAAUUCAAACGAACAAUGUAAAAGAAAUUGGGAGAUGGAAUACAGUAAUAUUUAGUACUGCUAAUUCAAAAUUUGUGUGUGCUCAUUUAUUAUUGUGAAUGUUGAACAAUGGAUGCAAAUGUAAGAUCGUAUAUUGGGAUUUCAUGAAAUGCUGCUUACACUUAAUGCUCUCAAAAUUUUAAAUGCAAAAUUUUAUUUUUGUGACUUCUAUCCUGUUACAACUUUCACAAUGAUAAAAACACAGAAGGUCUUAAGUGCCAUUUGAACAUUUUGCAAUAUAUUGAUUAUAUGUAUCAAGGAUUUAUAACUAACAUAAUAUACGUCCUUGUAUGUAUGAUUGUGUCAUGUUUAAUCAUUUAAUGAUUGGAAUUGUUCAAGUAAUAAACAAACCCACAUGGUGACACAAUUAUUGUUGGUUUUAAUUGUUUAAUCCAGAAGAUAGACAGAAUAAUGUAGAAUGGGAAUUACACAUUUUAUUUUUGUCAAGCUAUAGUUUGGUUUAUUUAACAUUUUUGCUUGGUUUUCUACACAGUUUAUUGAGUAAAAUAAUCUUGUAGAAUGAAAGUCAUUUUGUUUAAUGCAGUGUUAAAUAAUAAUAAUAUAAAGUAUGUACCUAUACAUAAAUAAAAAAUAUUGCUUUAUAAA